GGACCAAUCAGCGUCGGCCGCCGCGCUCAUCACCUCCUCAGUGUUUUAGAAUGAAGGUGAGCGGCGGCAGCUCAGACUGUCCUUCCUCUGAUUUUAAACCCUGAAGCCUCGGAGGAAACGUUGACUGAACAAGAGAGGAGCCGGCAGUCGAAGAAGGGAUGGAGAGUCACGGGGAUAGCGGGGUCCUCCGGUCCCGCUGCAGACCCGUCCCCAAGAUGCCCACCUUCCCCGACCUGGACGAGCCUUUAAACGGGCAGCUGAGUCCGGGAAAGCACCAGCUGGAGAACGGGGAGAUUCGCAUCACCAGCAACGGGCGACUUGAGAUGGAGCAUGUGAUCAGUAAAAAGCUGCAACUAAAAAGGAAAGCAGAGUACCUGAAGAGCGACCUGAUGCGUCAGUUUGAGGGUCAGGUCAGCGACUUCAUGGACAGUCUUAUUGAAGAAUCAGCCAGUCUUGAGCCUGCACCUGUACCUGCUGUCUUCUCACCUCCACUGUCCGACAAGGAGAGGAGUAAACUCAGGCAUUUUCGUCCUCCUCACGGCCAGGGAAAGCUCUUUGUAAGUCGCAGGUCGCUCCUCGAUGAGCUGUUUGAGGUGAACCACAUCAGGACUAUCUACCACAUGUUCAUCGCUCUGCUCAUUCUCUUCAUCCUCAGUACACUGGUGGUAGAUUUCAUUGAUGAAGGCAGACUGGUGCUGGACUUCGGCCUGCUGGUCUAUGCGUUCGGACAGUUUCCCCUGGUGGUGUGCACGUGGAUCUGCAUGUUCCUGUCUGUGCUGCUGGUUCCCUACAGCCUGUUCCACCUGUGGGCUCAGAGUCAGUCUCACAGCCACCCAGGGAUGUACAGUUUGCUGUUUGGCUCUGUGUUCCUGCUGUACCAGGCUCUGGGUCUGGGAUUCCUGCCCACAUACAUGGCGGUGACCAACAGUGUGCCGCCUGCAUCCUGCUUCAUCAUCAUUCUGGAACAGGUCCGUCUAAUGAUGAAAGCUCACUCCUUUGUCCGGGAAAAUGUACCGAGAGUCCAGACCUGGGCUAAAGACAAGACCAGCCCUGGACCAGUGGUUCCUCAGGUUUCUCAGUAUCUUUACUUCCUGUUUGCACCCACACUAAUCUACAGAGACAAAUACCCCAGGAACCCUGUGAUCCGAUGGGGCUACGUGGCCACAAAGCUGCUUCAGGUACUCGGCUGUCUGUUUUAUGCCUACUACGUGUUCGUGCGGCUGUGUAUCCCUCAGUUCCACAGCAUCGGUCUGCAGCUGUUUGAUCUGAGGGCCAUGGUCCUCUGUGUCUUCAACUCCAUCCUGCCUGGAGUGUUGGUUCUCUUCCUGGGAUUCUUCGCCUUCCUCCACUGUUGGCUCAACGCUUUUGCUGAGAUGCUUCGUUUUGCCGACCGGAUGUUCUACAAGGAUUGGUGGAAUUCGACCUCUUUUGCCAACUACUAUCGCACGUGGAAUGUGGUGGUCCAUGACUGGCUGUAUUACUACGUGUACCGGGACUUUCUGUGGAUCUCUCAGAAGCGCUUCCGACCGGCUGCCAUGCUGUUUGUGUUCACCGUGUCUGCCGUGGUCCACGAGUACAUUCUAGCCGUUUGCUUUGGCUUCUUCUACCCUGUGCUCUUCUGCCUCUUCAUGUGUUUUGGAAUGAUGUUCAACUUCAUUCUGCACGACCAAAGGAAAGGUCCCAUCUGGAACAUCAUCAUGUGGACGUCUCUGUUCCUGGGUCAGGGGGUCAUCAUCUGUCUGUACUCCCAGGAGUGGUACGCUCAGCGCUACUGCCCCCUCAAAGAGCCUUCCUUCCUGGAGCUGCUGAAGCCUCGUUCCUGGAGCUGCCAGAGAGGCCUGAUGGGAAACUGACCAUCACACUGAACUGGGCCUACUGGGAGGAUCAGUAGAACUUAGACCAGCCUUUCUGUCACUGUCAUAACUUCUGUUUGUUUUAUUUUAUUGCACUAAGUGUACGGAUGUGUGGAAGAGUAUCUGCCGAAAUGCUAAAAAAAAACCCACAGCAAAGCCACAGUGAUGCCUUUAUAUACAUGUAUGUUUUAAGUUUUCAAAGGCAAACCCCUCAACAAAAUGAUUAGUUCACAUGAAAACACUCGUGAACCUGUUUUUUAUGUGCCAUUAUUUAUUUUUCUGCUGUUCCCCUUUUGCCUUGAUCGACUGUGAAACCACGGCAGCGACGACACGGCAGCUGAAUGAAAACACAAGACAAACACUGUUCACGUAUGCAGUAACGGUUAAUAUUUAACGAAGGACAUUCAGUCUGCUGUUUGGACAAUCCUAUUCAUCUCCACUGCCAAUAAGAUUGUUUUUGAGAACCCGACCACUGUUUGGUGUUUUGUAUAAAUCUGAGGAACAGUGGUUUCUGUAUUAGGACUUCAAGACUGAUAUCUUACAUUUACAACAUUUAAUCAGAACUUUUUUUCCAUGUAUUGAGCCACAAGUUAAGAAGCAAUGCACUCAUUAAUUAUUAUUAUUAUAAUCUAAAAGUUAUGAGCUGAACACUGAAGACCGUAAAGGAAAAUGUGAGAGGUGAAUGUGUUGUAUGAAGUUAAUUUAUUCCAUGACUGCUGGAUGUAUUCUUAAAGCUUCAACUCAGCUGGUUUGAACAUACGUCGAGCAUCGCUGAGACAGAGAAUGAUGUCGUAUUUUGUUUAUAACCGACGUUGAGAGUCGUGUGUCUGAAUAACUACUACUGUAAAACCUGCAGCUGGCUGCUAGAAUGUUAUGGGUUAGUAAUGAUACUUGAUUAGCACUAAGGGCUACAGUUCACAUUGUCAGAUACUCAGUACAAUAAAUCAAAGUGUAUUUAAAUCAUGCAAGUAUGCAUUUUACACAACAGUAAUUUUGAUGUCACACUAAUGGAAUAUGUGUUUAAUGAGCUUUUGGUGAUUUUGUGUUCUUGAAAUAAUGUUUGUAUUAUUAUUGAGGAAACUAAUGCACAGUUAAUGUUGCCAAUUCUGACAUGUUUCAGUGCAGGGAGACCAUGAUGAUGCUUGUAACUGAUGAGAUGCACAAUAGAAAGUGAAAACCAGCAACUCAGCACUUCAUAAAACUGGAUGACCACAUGGUGGCGCUGUAUUAAAGCUUUUAACUUUGUUCCCCAACAGAAGAUUCUUUUGAUUUCUUCACAAAAAAUAACAAAUAUUUCAAAUUAUUUGUCAAUAUGCAUGACUAAUAGCAGGAAUAUUGGAAAUUUAAACUCAUGAACUCCACAUUUGAAGUUUUAAUCUUGCUUUGUGUUUUAGAUAUUUUUAAAUAAAGAUCAUAUUUAUUACA